CAGCAUUAAGUCUGUCUUCGCGCCUGGAGCUCUUCUCCAGCUGGCAGCAAUGCUGCUCCUCUCCUCCCUCUCCACUCCUCCCAGCGCCUCUUUACAACUUGUUCAGUCAAAUGCGUCUCCUCUCAGCCUCCUCUCUGCAGUUGCGUGCUGCACCACAGCUGACGGCAGGUUUUGAAUGAGGACCGAAGUAGUGCACGUGCACACAUCCCGCUCAGGAACAGCCAAAAGUCUUUGAGCUGACGUUGAUGUCUCAUCUGGGAGCGCUUCCCUCAACACGGGGCUCAUUUUGGUUAUUGAUUACAGCCUGACUGUUGUUUAAAGUAGUUCAAGAUUCCCCUUUCCCCUCUUUGUUUCAGCGAGCACUUCUGGGCGCAAUUACGCACGGCGAGGAUCAUGGCACAGAUUUUUGACAGACGCGCGCCAGCUUUGCUCUUGGUUUGGAGCUGCUGUGUCCUGGCGGAUACGAUCGUUACAAACUUUACUUCGGACAACGAGUUCCACUCCAGUUUCAUCCACCGCCGACUGAAGAGCCAGGAGCGCAGGGAGAUGCAGCGGGAGAUCUUGUCGAUCCUGGGGCUGCCGCACCGGCCGCGUCCGCACCCCCACGGAAAACACAACGCUGCUCCGAUGUUCAUGCUGGACUUGUACAACGCGAUGACCACCGACAGGGACGAGAACAGAUACUCCUACCCAUACAAACCCAUCUUCACCACCCAGGGUCCCCCGAUAGCCAGCCUGCAGGACAACAACUUCUUGAACGACGCAGACAUGGUGAUGAGCUUUGUGAAUUUAGUGGAGCACGAUAAGGAGUUCCUGCCAGUGCGGCGGCAUCAUCGAGAGUUUAGAUUCGAUCUGUCACGGAUCCCAGAGGGCGAGGCGGUUACUGCCGCCGAGUUUCGCAUCUAUAAGGACUUCAUCCACGAGCGCUAUGACAACGAGACUUUUCGCAUCAGCAUCUACCAGGUGCUGGAGGAGCACAGCGACAGGGAGUCAGACCUCUUUCUGCUGGACUCCAGAGUUAUCUGGGCAGCAGAGGAGGGCUGGUUGGUGUUCGACGUGACAGCGACCAGUAAUCAUUGGGUCCUGAACCCUGGCAGAAACCUGGGUCUGCAGCUGGCUCUGGAGAGCACAAAUGGAGAGAGUAUCAGUCUUCGUGUGGCAGGGCUGAUUGGUCGCAGUGGACCUCAGAAUAAACAGCCCUUCAUGGUGGCCUUCUUCAAAGCAACGGAGGUGCACCUGCGAAGCAUCCGCUCUGCGUUGGGAGGAUCCAAACAACGAAACCCCAGCCAAUCCAAAGGGGCAAAGAGCCAAGUGACACUCCGAAUGGCUAACAUCGCCGAAAACAGCAGUUCUGAUCAGAUGCAGGCGUGUAAGAAGCAUGAGCUUUACGUCAGUUUCAAAGACUUGAAAUGGCAGGACUGGAUCAUUGCUCCAGAUGGAUAUGCAGCAUAUUACUGCGAAGGAGAGUGCGCCUUCCCUCUGAACUCCUACAUGAAUGCCACAAACCAUGCCAUUAUGCAAACACUUGUUAAUUUCAUCAAUCCCAAAACGGUUCCUAAACCCUGCUGUGUCCCCACACAGCUCAACGCCAUCUCCGUGCUCUACUACGAUGACAGCUCCAACGUAAUCCUCAAGAAAUACCGCAACAUGGUGGUCAGAGCUUGUGGCUGCCACUAGGACCGUCAGCGCCCUCACCAGAACACGUACUGUACAUACAGAUGGGGAUGGGGGGUGCACUGUGUCAAAAAGCUGCAAAAACACACCGCACAGAGUGGUUUGUGCAUCUCGUGUUGAUGAUGUGUGACCAAACAGGACUUCGACGAACUUAAAGGGACAGUUCACCUCAACAUUAAAGGCUGGAUUGUAUGCUGAAAAAAAGAAUGUAAUAAACACAAAUACAACCAAAUUAUCUCUGUUAACAGCUGUACAUACUGGCUUUAUACAAAUAUCCUGAUAGAUUUUGUAAUAAAUGUCACAAACUGGCAUGUAGUAACAUAUCUGCAUGUUUAUAGUUCCUAUCAGUAAUGCUUUUAUUUAUUUUACUUCUGAUUAUUUCCUCUGUGUGCGUGUGUGUAUAUAU